GUUUGGCUCAGCACGUUUGCUACUUUCUUUUAACUUGAUUUUUGUGCUGCCAAAUGGCGGCGACAGCUGUGGGUAUACUAUGUCCUAUAAAUCCAAUUAAUUGGGAAACCCCUAGGAAUAUGGGCAUCGCCACUAUCCCAAAGUUCGGCUGCACGUUCCCAUGACUUUUAUUAGUUUCACCUUUUUUUCGCCGAGAAUUUAUGGCGAUUUUUGUAUAUCUAUGCAAAUGUUUUAUAGCCGUGUGUGUGUUGGGUAUAAAAAUAUUUUAUUGUUUACUUGGCGUGUUGCUGUCCAAUUAUUAACAAUAACACAGUUUUAAAGUUCGAAUUUCAAAUGGUGCUAUUAGAACUGGGUAAAAGAUACAAUUAGGGAAAUUUUAGCCAACUUAAUGAGUUAUUUAUUUUAAUUAUAUUGAGUAAAUUACAUAUCAAUUACAGCAUUUAUUUAGUUUUUAUUCGGACAGCAAUUUAAUUGGUUAAAAUCCUGUUUACUUUUCUCUACAUUCGUUUGCAUUGUAAAAGUGCCGGUGUGCGUCAUCUGUUGAUUAAAUUAUAUACGUAUGUACAUAUCUAUUUGUAAGCAAACACUGACGUCUAAUUCCGAACGAAAUGGAAAUAUUUAAAUAAAAAAUAAACUUUGCCACGUGCUGCACUUGAAUGCAAUCGCUAGUCACGUAGCAUGAUGACUCAAAGUUUGCAACGCAAAUAGUGAAAGUGGUGCGAAAUCUAAAAUUAAAUAAAGCUCGUAAUUUGACAAAUGUUAUUAAUAAGAUAGCUUCCCCGGCGUUUCAGAUACUUUUGUUACGUUACAGUCGAGCAAAGCUGAAAAAUGAAAUUCGAACAGCACGUAGAAUUGUAUGAACUUUUGUGGCGAUUUCAGUUCAAAACCAAAUUCGCUGCAGCUCGGACGCAAAGUUUUUAGACUGACUUCAAGGGAUAUAUUAAUAUAUAUUUAUAAAAUGAGUAACCUGGCAUCAAUACUGCUCCUCCUGCUCAUCAUCUGUGUCCAACGCUCGCGACAGCAACCCUUCUCGCAGCCCGUAUCCUGGACGGAUAAUGGGAUUUACGUUCCCGGUUCGGAGGAUGACCUGGACUGGACGGGCGCCAACUGGCAGCUGGUCGUCCGCUUUCUGAUGCAACGCCAGCAGCUGCGUUUCUGCAUCGCACUGGCCAGAUUCGAUGAGCAAUUGGUGCCGGGCACAGCCUGCCAGGCUCUUUUGGCCAACGGCCCGCUUAUGGCCAACUGCGAUAUUGGCAACAUCGAGGAUCUGACCAUGACCUUGCGCUACGCCUUCGGCGAAAUUCUGCUCGACACGAGUCGAAAGUGCCGUCCUGGCCUGGAGUUAUUCGGAGUUCGCUGCAGGCGGAGGGCAUAACUGCGGGAAAGACUUUAGUAAAUAUUUUAACUUUAAUUUUAAAAAUUGUAGCAUUGUUUCAACAAUGUCAAAAUGCAGGAAUAAUAUACAUAAUAUAUAUAUAUAUAUAUUUUUUAAAUUUUUCUGCCUAACCCUUUUCUCCGCAAAAGUUUUCUCACUUCGUGAAUUUUGUGGCACUCAAAUACUUUGGAUAACUGCUAUUAUUUCUAAUUAACAUUGAUGUCUGUGUGCAGAUUCCACACUAAGCCAAGUGAUGCCAGAAGUAACUGCAUUAGUUUGUCACCAAUAAAUUAGUAACUAAUGGAAAAUCGUAACAUUUUUGCUAGCUGCUGAAACUACUAAUUGUUCCCAUUUCCAAAUCGUCUCCUAAGUGCAUUGCUAAUUCACUUUAUCGAGCAAUUUUUCAUCGUCUGCCCCGUGCUGUCCCUUGUCAUUUCAAUAUGUCAAUAAAAAUCAGAAAGUAACACUCUCGCCCCUUACCAACCAUCCCCCCUGAUUCGUUUCAAUUGGAAACUGGGUGAAGGACUGAGUCCGAGUGGCGAGUCCUUGCCGAGUGCAGUGCCUCCCUGACAAAUGACGAUUAUAAUUUGUAAAAUGCGCCCAUCUUGUUGCUCCCCAGAUCCCCAGAUCCUUGUCGCACCCCCGAUAUGUUCGACUUGUGGCCUAGAUGUUGCUGUCCGUCCAUUUUCGCCCCAUUCCCAGGCAUUUCCACUCUCGGAUUCAGUUUAGUUCAUCGCAAUUGUUGUUGCAAUUAGCAGAAGCGAUGGGCGGGCAUUUUCCGGGCGGUAAUAUAAGCACAACUGAUGGUUUGAAUGGGCAAAAUUGCACAGCGCAAAUGGCCGAUGGUCGUGGGUGGAUAAAGUCGUACGAGUAUUGUUGCAUUUGGCAAUUACCGGCAAAUGUUUAGCAGCAAGCUCUAUUUUCCAUGCAGAGUUUUCCAAUUUCAAUCGGAGCUGUGAUAUCUUUUUCAAUCGAUUUGCAAGACAUCUUCGAAUGGAAAAAACUGUGGCACACUCCCAUGCGGAGCUGUCAAUACAAUAGACGCUUUCCAAAUCAGUUUUCGCAAUGAAAUUGAUGGGAUUUGUGCAUCGAGUGUGCAAGCUGCAGAAGUGCAUUUUAGGCUAUCAUUAUACGGGGCAACAAAAUGUUUAUCUAGCCGAAAAGAAAUGGGUUAGGAAAAUUAAACGUUAAUUUUAAAAAUUAUUUUGAUAGAACAUAUCAGCAUAAGAAACAUCGACUGUUGUUCAAGCGUUUAUCUGCCACUUUCAAGGACUCUUCAAGCUGCUCCCCAAAUUAUGGACAACUUUUCUACGGCAUGGCCAAAGCUAAAUGUAAAUUAAUGAAUUGUUUAAAGUGCUUAAAAUAUUUACGCUCAAAGCAAGUGGGUGAGCACUGCCACGCCUCCCUCCUCCCGCCCCCCUUCGCGGACUAGCUUCAAUCCAGGAUGCUGUGUGGGCCGCUGACCAAUGAAUAUGCAAACGAUCCGCCACCCACGGACACUCCUCCCACCAAGUUCGUUAUAGCGCAGCAUAAGGUCAAGGAGGAAAGGCUGCGGAGAAGUGGUGGGCGAAGAAAGUACACUGGUCUACACAGUUCGUAGGUCUAGAACAAUGUAGGUCUAGAUAUUCUAAACGCUUUACUUGUUAUUUAAUUAAAAGAAUAAAUAAUUCAAUACAAAUACCUUUAAUAUACAA